CACUCAUUCCCUUUGCUGUCAAAUGAAAACAUUCCUUUUUCUAUAAACAACAUUUUAGAGUUAAUUGAAACGUUUUAGCAUGGAUUUCGUGGGGUUGCUGCAUUACGCAAAACUGAGGGCGGACGCGACCAAGGAGCAGCCUCAAGAUGGUAGAUUCUAUAGCACAAAAUACUCGCCACCAAAGAAGGUGAGCAGGAAGGGUAAACAGCUCUCAAACAACAUCCAAAAGUUCCUCAAGAAGAAGGAGGACGAGGAGGCGGCGGCAGAGGCCGAGAAAAGCGGCAAACAAAAUCAAAAUGCGGCCAAGAUGAUGGCCAAGCACGUUGAUAAGUCAAACAGUAAGACAAACAAUAAUAUUGGCAAUAUGGAAAAGGUGACCAACGAGAUUGCCGAGGGCCAGAACGAUGACUAUGGCUACACCUCCAAGGAGGCAAAUGUCCUGUAUGAAAAGUAUCUGGAGAAAGUGCAGCAUGUAAAGGAAAAUAAGAGCUUUGCACCGAGUCAACCGCGUUCAGUGCGCGAUCUUUCCGGGAUUAGAGAACGCGUCAAGGCGGCCAUCGAUCGUGAAGUUCAAGAGGGCAAGACACGUUCCAAGCGCAGUGCCAGUGUCAUGGUGCCCAGAAGCAGAAGCAGGAGCAGGAGCAGUUGCAGCCGUGGAGCAACCAAGGAAGAAUCCGGCUCUAGCUCGAGCUCCUCUCGUCGUUCCCGUUCCUCAACUAGAAAUUCCGUGGCAAAUAGUACACGCUCCAGGAGCAAACAUAUAACCAAGAUUGUCGUGGAUUCCAAGUCAGAAAAAGAGGUGGAGAAACCUAGCUCCAGUGACAGUAACUUCAAGGUGCCACGAAGCUCUCGCAAUCGGAAGAAGGCUAAGGACGAGUUGCCGGUAAAGGAUCGUCCUUCUGGCUCGGAAUCCUCGGCCAAGAAGCGUAAAUUUCCGACAGAACAUAACGAUACAUCGAAACAAGAGCAGCCAGAUAAGAAAAAACGCAAAGGACGACCUACUGCUCCGGCUGCACUUUCAAACUAUGAAAACGAAGAGACAGUCAAAGAGCAAAGUUUACGACAAUAGUUGAAUACUUUGCCACCUGACUACAGGGGGGAUGAGGAGAGGGAUGGGGCACAGCGAGGUGAGAACAGGAGAACCUAAAUGGAAGGAAGAGUAGUAGCAUCGCCUGGGGUCCAAUCUAUAUACUUCUGGCCACCGUCACCUUUUCCAUCAGCUUCAUGGGGACAGUGUCGUCGUUACUUUCUUGUCGACACUUGGAGGCGACUCUUGCGGACAGUCUUGCACCUGCCUCACCACCUGACUGCGCUCUUUCUUCACCUACUGUUCCUACUUUUGCUUCAGCUUCAUCUUCUCUUCUACACCAAAGAGUGAUGCCAAGAGGCCAGAACCCUACACUGAAUGAAUGAAAAACAAAACCCUGAAGUCUAAGAAUAUAAUAAAAGG